AUGUCGAAUCUACUAGAUGUAAACACCAUAGUCCCGGUACAACAGUCCCGGUACAAAAGUCCCGUUACAAUAGUCCCUGUACAAAAGUCCCGGUACAACAGUCCCGAUACAAAAGUCCCGGUACAACAGUCCCGAAACAACAGUCCUGGUACAAAAGUCCCGUUACAACAGUCCCGAAACAACAGUCCUGGUACAAAAGUCCCGUUACAACAGUCCCGGUACAACAGUCCCUGUACAACAGUCCCGGUACAACAGUCCCUGUACAACAGUCCCGGUACAACAGUCCCUGUACAAAAGUCCCGGUACAACAGUCCCGGUACAACAGUCCCUGUACAACAGUCCCGGUACAACAGUCCCUGUACAACAGUCCCGGUACAACAGUCCCGGUACAACAGUCCCUGUACAACAGUCCCGGUACAACAGUCCCGGUACAACAAUCCUGGUACAACAGUCCUGGUACAACAGACCCGGUUCAACAGUCCUGGUACAACAGUCCUGUCCCGGUACAACAGUCCUGUACAACAGUCCCUGUACAACAGUCGUAGUACAACAGUCCCGGUACAACAGUCCAGGUACAACAGUCUGUACAACAGUCCCUGUACAACAGUCCUGGUACAACAGUCCCGGUACAACAGUCCCGGUACAACAGUCCUGGUACAACAGUCCCGUUACAACAGUCCUGGUACAACAGUCCUGGUACAACAGUCCCGGUACAACAGUCCCGGUACAACAGUCCCUGUACAAACAGUCCCUGUACAACAGUCCUGUACAACAGUCGUAGUACAACAGUCCCUGGUACAACAGUCCCUGUACAACAGUCCCUGUACAACAGUCCUGGUACAACAGUCCCGGUACAAUAGUCCCUGUACAACAGUCCUGGUACAACAGUCCCGGUACAACAGUCCUGGUACAACAGUCCUGGUACAACAGUCCCUGUACAACAGUCUCGAUACAAAAGUCCCGGUACAACAGUCCCGGUACAACAGUCCCUGUACAACAGUCCUGGUACAACAGUCCCUGUACAACAGUCCUGGUACAAUAGUCCCUGUACAACAGUCCCUGUACAACAGUCCCGGUACAACAGUCCUGGUACAACAGUCCCGGUACAACAGUCCCGGUACAACAGACCCUGUACAACAGUCCUGGUACAACAGUCCCGGUACAAUAGUCCCUGUACAACAGUCCUGGUACAAUAGUCCCUGUACAACAGUCAUAGUACAACAGUCAUAG